AUGCUUUCUGCUGGGGAUAAAAAGGAAGUUAUCGCCAUUGCCCCAGAAGUAUUAAAAGAAAACGAAAGGGAGGAGUUAAGCAGAUUGAGAAAGGAGAAUAAGGAGUUUUUAGAUAAGAUAAGGAAUUUGCCCCCAAGUGAUAAAGAGAUUAUUUCUUUUGCCGAUGCCUUGGAUAAAUUGGAGAAAGUAGCAAGGAAACUAACCCCUCCAAUGAUGGAUGUAGGAACUCAAACUGACCUAACCGCCGAACAAAUAACCCAAAUGGAAAAAGAUAUUGCUAAAUACCAAUCAGAUAUCCAAACCGAACAAGAGAAAGUAAAUACUUUAACCAACCAAAUAACUAGUCUCCAAGGAGCAAUAAAAACUUUACAAGAACAAGCCAAGGAUAAGGAACCAAAUGAAGCCGAGAAAGAACUAUCAGAUUACUUAGGAAAAGAUAUCUAUUUAGAUGAUGCUAAUAUUAGGAAAAAACUAAUCUCAACAUUUGAAAUCUAUGAUGAAUUGUGGAAGAUAAAUAAGGAUAUUGAAAGACUGGAACAGGAUAAAGAAGAAUUACAAACUAAAUAUGAUAUGGAAGUGAGGAGUAAAGAACAAGUGGUUAAAGAACUUCG